AUGCCUCGUGUGACGACGACCAAGAGUACCGGUAAGAUACUUGCCAAGGGGGUUGAAAUAUUGAAUGAGAAUGUUCGCGGGGAGACUAACAAGAAAGUUAGUGAACGUAUUCUUGAUUUGAGUAGGAAAGGUAUUGAAGAGGGUAAGGAGCAUUUCCGAGUUGGUCACAAUCGAUUAUAUUUCCCGAAGGCUCGAGUGAUUCUUUUACGACCCAACGCGAAGCAUACACCAUACCAGGCCAAAUUUAUUGUUCCCAAGUCCUUUAACAAGUUAGAUUUGAGGGAUUACCUUUACCAUCUGUAUGGCUUAAGAGCUAUGAAUGUUACGACGCAGCUACUACCGGGUACGUAUAAUGUCAUGAAUCGUUUGAGGGCGCGGUUCAGGGGGCCUCAGAUCAAGAAGAUGACGAUUGAUAUGGAGGAACCGUUUAUUUGGCCCGAGGAGCCCGAUAAGAGUGUCAACCAGCUCUGGGAGACGGAGUACAAUAAGGAAAUGAAGAAACUGGAGCGAGAAUCCAUGGAGAGAGAGGGUUCGGAUAAAUUGAAGCCCUCCACAGCGUUUGGCGGCGUGCUGGGACCCUACGGGUUAGGGGCGCAACCCUUCAUUCCCAAGUUCUUCAAGAAGCAGCUGGAUAACGAUAAGCGCAAGUAUUUCCAGCGGGAGAAACUCAUGGCACGGUUGAACAAUUUGCAGCAGUACGUGGAUGGGGCUACUCCGAACAGCGGAACUUUAUAG